AUGAACUACUUGAGUAUGCUCCUCCUCGCCCUCGACUGCAAUUCCAGUGUCGUUAUUUUGACUGACGCGCGGCCCUUUUCCAGAGAGUUCUCGUCUAAAGAUCUUCGGAGCGUGGGAAAUUACACUUUAGGACGGCUGAUUGGGAAAGGAUCCUUCGGAAAGGUGUAUCUUGCUACUCACAAGCUCACCAAUGGCUCCAAGGUGGUCCUCAAGUCUUCGAGUAAAGAGGACACGAACCUGGCACGCGAAAUCCACCAUCAUCGUCAAUUCCUCCACCCCCAUAUCGCACGUCUCUACGAGGUUGUUGUCACGGAAAGUCUAGUAUGGCUGGUACUCGAGUAUUGUCCUGGUGACGAACUUUAUAACUAUUUACUACACCAUGGUCCAUUGCCGGUCGAGAAAGUCAAGCGAAUUUUUACCCAGCUGGUGGGUGCGGUCGCCUAUGUUCAUAGCAAAUCUUGCGUGCAUCGAGACCUCAAGUUGGAAAACAUUCUUUUGGACAAACAUGAAAACGUCAAACUCUGCGAUUUUGGUUUUACGCGCGAAUAUGAAGGGAAGGCAAGCUACUUGCAGACAUUCUGUGGAACGAUCUGCUAUAGCGCACCGGAAAUGCUGAAGGGAGAGAAAUAUGCCGGGGAGAAGGUUGAUGUUUGGAGCCUGGGUAUCAUCCUGUAUGCGCUUCUCGCUGGCGAACUUCCGUACGAUGACGACGACGACCAAAUCACCAAAAAUCGCAUUCUUUCGGAGGAGCCCAUCUAUAACGACAAGUUCCCAGAGGAUGCUAAGGUCUUGAUCAAUCUUCUCUUAUCCAAGCGUCCAUUGAUCCGACCAAGUUUGGAUGAUAUUCUCGCCCACCCUUUCCUUGCUGAACAUGCCCCUGACCAAUUAGCCAUUCUGAAAAUCCCACGGCCCUCGCCAUUCACAACCCCGCUGGAGAAAACAACAUUACAACGAAUGAAAAGCGCAGGCGUCAAUAUCGACGAAGUCAUUGAGAAUGUUCUGGCCCAACGAUGUGAUCCUCUGGCUGGGUGGUGGGCUCUAUUGAUCGAGAAGGAACAGCGGAAGGAACAAAAACGAGAGCGCAAGCGUCGAGAACGAGAAUUUGAAGCUAAGAAUCUUCGUCGCCUAAGCGCUGCGAGUAGUCGGCUAGAGAAACUCUCAUCGGCAUUGGUGGAGGUAGACGAAGAAGGCCAGGUCAACUCGGAUGGACAGUUACAAGAUCGUGGCCGGCGUGACAGGCGGAGUCUACCAUCCCAACUUGCAGUCCCGGAGCUUCCUGCGUUACCUGAACCUUUGCCUGUACAAACUCCAGACCAGAGGAGUGCUCCUCCUACACCCCUUGAUAAGGAUUCCAUGUACUCAGGCACCUCUGGUCGACGCCGCCCUGUUCCUCCGCCGAAGGACAAACGUCGAUCGCGACCUAGUAUGUUGCAUGUCAGCGCAUCGCAGCCGGAACUAGCGCAGCAUCACAGCAUUUUCCGUCGCCGCCCCACGACCCGGCGCCAUAAUCCAAUUAUCAGUCAGCUGGCCUCUUUGAAGCACUGGUUCGUGGAAUCCGCCAAAAGAACCAAGUCGCCAAACUCCAAAUCAGCUACAUCUCGCAAAUUCACGGAAAAGUUUAGUCCCGCAAAAAGUCAAGAUAACAACAAGAAGGCUACUCAGGGCCCUACAUCCGUGCAACCGGCUGGAGAAGAAGUCGUCACACCAACCCAGAUAAAACGGAUCUCAAAUGCUAGUAGCCUUGCUCCUAGUAGCGCGUCUUAUCGCCAGAAUCGACAUUCCUAUCCUCGCCAGCCUCGAGCACUAAAUACUGGCCAUUCAAGCCAUCGGAAUUCGCUCUCGCCAUCACCCAUCACUCCACGUGGGUCAUACCGGCGCUCAUCGGUUGGUUUGCGUGGCCGUAAGUCAACAUCAUCAUCCGUUUCCUCCAUUCGCAGCAUCCACCACACUCGCGCCCACUCCAAGGCUUCUUCAAUCUCCUCCAAUAGCAUCGACACGGUUUCUACCCCUACAGCUAGAAUAUCGAAGUCGCCUCAUUCUUCUAUCAAAGUACUGCCUACUACACCAGGUGCCUCGGCCCGCUUCCCGAGCAACAUUCGGCUUGUACGCGGCCCCAGCGGUGCAACGAGAGACUUCAGUGAUCACCUCGCACCAGGACCAUCAACCUUCAAUGAAGCCGCACCUACACCAAUGCUUUACUCGCCCUCAUCAAGCCUAGUGUUUGCUCGACGUAAACGAUCAGCCUUCAAGGGUCCCAUGCUUAAUACAUCUAAUCUCAUGACGCCCAGCGGAAUGGUACACUCGCCUAUACCAGGUCAGCCGGAGGAAGCUGCUGAGCCCAUCCCAGUAGGCCGGCCUGUUGCUCGGAAGAGCCAGAUCAUUGAAGAAGAGGAAGAUGACGAAGACAUUGAGGAGGUUGAUGGAUUUGAUGAUGAUGAGCCUGGUGAACCAGCGGAUGCUAUUCAUGAGAGCAAUGAUCCUGAGACGGAGGCAUUUGGAGACUCAAGUCUUCAGAAUCGGGUUACGGAGACUAAUUCACCAGUGUCAAUCCGAAAGCUAGCCCUUGAGCCUGCUCCAGAGUUAGAAUCCAGUCCAAUCCGCCCUCCCCGCUCAUCCUCCCUGCGCUCACCACCACCGGAAGCCGCGGCAGCCAUUGCUGUGGUGACCGGAGCCACUGAUCUUGACCAAGGAGCAGACAUUACAACCACCGAAAACGCCAAUAAUGCUAGUAAUGCUGCGGCUCAAAAAGUUGACGGUCAUACUCAAUAA